AAAGUCGACAGCAACCACCUCUUUAACUUCUUCAUCUUCCUCGUUACAAGCUAAAUUUAUUGGACCUUUUAUCAUUCGCAUUAGCAAUUGAAUGCUGUAAUAACGACUCCGUAUACCAAAUGCAAUGCCAACUCAUUACUCGAUAGUAAUUGGCUUCAGAUAAUGCCCACUUCUAAGCCACCUAUAAUAAAACGCCAUCGACGGAACUCUGCAUCAACUCAUGUCUACGCAAGGGAAACGUUAGUCUUCAUCACUCCUUGGCGGACCAGAUUGGCAAAUUGAGAGGCUUCAUCGCGUUGCCGCCGGUUCUCCCCCGCGGCAGGGUUGCGGUCCGUCGCUGGCUGCAUCUAGCAGCAAAUCUGACUUACAUGAUGAGUUGCAGAGCAGAAAUACUCCUAUACUAUAAUGGAGACAGAGAUAAGCGUAAUACAUAUCGUUGGUAAUUAACUUAGCGGAUAGGUAACCGUGGGGCGCAUAUAUCAGGGCACCUAACAUGAUAUUGCAGACUAAACCCCCAAUGAACGAUCCGAAGUUCUAAUUGGUAUUUGUAGAAUAGGACUUAUCUAGAAAAAAGAAAAAACGAGACAUUUCUUGGGACUGGCUUGCUGCUUGGGAAUAUGUUGUUGCUUUCUCCCCAUUCUGUUUUUCGAGUCCAAUUCACCCGUCGCAUCUUGAAUCACUUUAUAAUUAUAACUUGAAAGUGGUCGAAUAAUGGUGGAGGAAUAUUCGCCAACGGAUUUAACUCCGGUGUCCUCCACUCCAAUGAAUGAUGAAUCGACUGCGCUUCUGCCAAAGUUAGCCCCUAAUGGCGUACGAAGUCAGCCACUACAUUAUCGAGAAUGGUUAUCCGAAAUAUGGCUCUUGACCAAGGCUUCCAUCCCUGUGAUACUUGCUUAUACCCUCCAGAACAGCCUCCAGACUGUUUCGGUCUUGAUCGUGGGCCGCCUUUCACCAGAAGCAUUAGCUACCGCCGCAUUUAGCUAUAUGUUCGCGAUGUCUACAGGUUGGUUAAUCGCGAUGGGCGGUACAACUGCACUCGAUACACUCGCAUCUACCAGCUUCACUGGCUCACAAGAUAAACACGACCUGGGAAUACUACUUCAACGAGGAAUUAUAGUAUUAUCCACCUUUUAUGCCGUUGUAGCUGUGAUAUGGGGGUUCUCAGAGCCCCUAUUCCGCGCGCUCGGACAGGAAGAAUUCAUCUGUGUGGAAGGUAGCAGAUUCCUUCAAACCUUAAUCCCGGGUGGAUUGGGAUAUGUGUGGUUCGAAUCGAUGAAGAAAUACCUACAAGCGCAAGAGAUUUAUCGACCGGGUACUUACGUCCUCCUCAUCACAUCGCCCCUUAAUGCCCUUCUCAACUACCUUUUCACCUACCAAUUUGACCUUGGCCUUUACGGCGCCCCUUUUGCGACGGGAAUAUCAUAUUGGAUUUCCUUCCUCCUCCUAGUCGCAUACACAACCUUCAUACGCGGUUACGAGUGCUGGGGCGGUAUCGCCCCUCGGCGCGCAUUAUCAAAUCUCUGGCCAUUCGCACGCCUAGCCCUCCUCGGAGUAAUACACGUAGGAACAGAAUGGUGGGCCUUCGAAAUCGUCGCCUUAGCCGCCGGAAGACUAGGCACAAUAACCCUUGCAGCACAGUCCGUCAUCAUGACAGCCGACCAAAUCAUAAACACGAUUCCCUUCGGCCUAGGUGUUGCUGCCUCGGCCCGACUGGGUAAUCUUCUCGGCGCGCAGAAGCCACGUGAAGCAGAGCGUGCUGCGCAUUGCGCUGCCAUUUUAUCGACGAUUCUUGGGGCUGUUAUACUUACUAUUUUGAUGAGUACUAAGAAUGUCUUUGGGAGGAUCUUUAAUGAUGAUGAUCGUGUUGUUAGCUUGGUGGCCGAGGUUAUGCCCUUUGUCGCGCUGUUUCAAAUCGCGGAUGGGUUGAAUGGGAGUUGUGGUGGUGUGUUAAGGGGGAUGGGACGGCAGUGGGUUGGCGCGCUUGUCAAUUUGGUUAGUUACUAUGGAGGAGCACUGCCAGCGGGGAUUUAUCUCGCUUUUCAUGGAUGGGGUUUGCAGGGCUUGUGGAUUGGGCAAUGCGUUGCUUUAUAUCUAGUAGGGAUCCUCGAAUGGGUUAUUGUAGGGUUGAGUAACUGGGAUAAUGAGGUUCAUAAAGCGCUGGAAAGACUAGAUACUGGUGAUAUUGAUGAUGAUGCGCCAGGUACGGGGGAAAUAAGUGCUCGGAGUGAGGUAUAAGUUGGACCCAAUAGGGGUUAACUUCAAGACAACUGAUCAGUCGUUCAUACCAUGAAUCAUUUAAUA